AUGCUCACUAUAUGGUCUUCCAUUCUUAAUGGCAAUAAAUCACAGUGCCACCUGGGAUAUUACACACUAUAUGCACUGGAAUUCUCCAGUCAAACCUUCCCAGGACUGAAUGCCCCCAAACCAGAUCCUCCACUCUACAUUCCAACACAUGGCAUUGUUGCCAUGAAUCAGAUAGUGGCCAGCAUGCAUGCAGCAUACAAUAAUAGAAAGCAAAGUGGCAUUGAUCUGACCUGGCUUUCUGAGCACCUUUCAGCUAUGGAAUUGGGGGUUGAUGAAACCCAGGAGGCAGGCCACCUGGCAGUGCAUCCAUCAAGUCUCACUGGCUUUGUGGAUGAACCUAUGGUAAUCCUUGGUACCAGCAAUACCAUUGCAUUGUGGUACCUUCCCAGUGCCAUCACCAAUGAUUUGCAAGCAUCCCUGCAGACACACAUGCUUGCCACUCUGGACCCCCUUCACCAUGCAAUGUCCAAGAGUAUGACAGGGUGCCUGGAGUUCUCCCCAGCCAGGCACCAACAGGGGCAUAUGGUAUGGUUAUAUUACCUCAGGGUUUCCACUGACCUACAGAUGGAUGCCAGUUGUGAAUGGUCCCAGUGGUCUUACCCCUUGGCUGCCAUCCUCUCCAGUGCACUUUCAAUUAUGCACCCAGGCCUGUAUGACACUGGAAGGCAAGCCAUGCAGUCAUUGGACACAUGGUUGAGUCAGCAUAACCAAGAUAUGCAUGAUGCCUUGCAGCACUGGCCAUCAGUUUUUACUAAUGUCUCCAUAAUCUCUAACCAGACCACACCCUUUCACUUGGACCCACACUCACAGUCCAAUUGGUAUGACAUGCUGGUCAUGGUUGGCAAUUAUGAAGAUUGUGUAUUGGAUAUCCCCAUGCUUGGCCUUCAGUUCCUUUACAACCCCAGCACUGUAGUUGCAUUUUCUAGCAGGCUUCUUUGA